CCCUCUCUCUCUUUUCCCUCCAAAUCUCUCUUUCUCUCUAUGGCUUCUCCCCCGUAUCUCAUGGCACCCGCCGGAGCAAAACUCAACCUCGCCGCCUCUCCGCCAGAUUCCGCCGUAUCCCUCGCCAACACGAAACCCAGACGCCGGAAACAGACACAGACGCGCUGUGCCUUAAACUCCCCGACGUUAAUCCAAUUCCCAAAACAACCCUACCCAAAUCCCAUAAUUACGGAAAAGCCACCGCCGUCUUCUUCCUCUUCCUCUUCCUCGUACCCUCCUCACUGGAACCUCCUCCAACGCGCCGCCGCCACGGCCCUCGACCUCGCCCAGAGCGCGUUGCUCUCACGCGAGCGGUCUAAGCCAAUCCCAAAGACCGUCGACCCACGUCACCAGAUCGCCGGAAACUACGCUCCGGUACCGGAACAAUCCCUCCGGCGAUCUCUCCCCGUCUCUGGAGUCAUCCCCGACUGCAUCGACGGCUUCUACCUCCGUAACGGCGCAAACCCAUUGCUCGAGCCUGUCUCCGGUCACCACCUCUUCGAUGGAGACGGCAUGGUUCACGCCGUUAAAAUAUCCGGCGGCGAAGCAAGCUAUUCCUGCCGGUUUACCCGAACCGAGAGAUUGGUUCAGGAGAAGGAAUUGGGCUGUCCGGUUUUUCCGAAAGCGAUCGGAGAGCUUCACGGACAUUCUGGGAUCGCGAGGCUGAUGCUGUUUUACGCACGUGGGUUAUUCGGUCUCCUGAACCACCAGAACGGGAUGGGAGUUGCCAAUGCUGGGCUGGUCUACUUCCAUGACCGGUUAUUAGCCAUGUCCGAAGACGACCUUCCUUACCAAGUUCGUGUCACCGUCAAUGGCGAUCUGGAAACCGUCGGGAGAUACGAUUUCGACGGCCAGUUGAAAUCCGCCAUGAUCGCGCACCCGAAGAUCGACCCAGAAACAAAAGAGCUCUUCGCUCUUAGUUACGAUGUUGUCAAGAAGCCGUACUUGAAGUACUUCAGAUUCUCGCCGGAGGGUGAGAAAUCGCCGGACGUCGAAAUCCCGCUGGCGAGUCCGACAAUGAUGCAUGACUUCGCCAUUACAGAGAAUUUUGUCGUGAUUCCCGACCAUCAAGUCGUAUUCAAGAUCGGGGACAUGGUUCUCGGCAAAUCUCCGGUGAGUUACGACAAAGAGAAGAUUUCCCGGUUUGGGAUUUUGCCGAAAAACGCCGAAGACGCGUCGGGGAUAAUCUGGAUUGAGUCGCCGGAAACUUUCUGUUUCCAUCUCUGGAACGCUUGGGAGUCACCGGAGACGGACGAGGUUGUCGUGAUCGGAUCAUGCAUGACUCCGGCGGAUUCAAUCUUCAACGAUUCCGACGAGAAUCUGAGCAGUGUCUUGUCGGAGAUCCGGUUAAAUCUCAAAACCGGGAAAUCUACUCGCCGACCAGUGAUUCCCGGUUCCAAUCAGAUGAAUCUCGAGGCCGGUAUGGUUAACCGGAACCGGUUAGGGAGAAAAACCCGGUUUGCGUACCUUGCAAUCACCGAACCUUGGCCCAGAGUCUCCGGCUUUGCGAAGGUGGAUCUUCUUACCGGAGAAUCGAAAAAUUACUUUUACGGCGGUAAAAAGUACGGCGGCGAACCGUAUUUUGUACCGAGAGGGUUAGAUUCCGACGGAGAAGACGACGGUUACAUUUUGUCGUUUGUUCACGACGAGAAGACGUGGAAAUCCGAACUUCAGAUCAUUAACGCCGUUAACUUGGAGCGCGCCGCCACCGUUAAAUUGCCGUCAAGAGUGCCGUACGGUUUUCACGGCACGUUUGUGAAUUCGUCUGACAUAGUCAAUCAAGCUUAGUCCGCUAGUUAAUUUUUUUUUUUAACUGCGGGUGCGCAGUUUUUUUUUUUUUUAAUUUUAUAUCUUUUAAAA